AUGACUGGAGGUAAAUCUGGAGGCAAGGCCAGCGGCAGCAAGACCGCCCAAUCUCGCUCAUCCAAAGCUGGUCUCGCAUUCCCAGUCGGCCGUGUUCACCGCCUGUUGAGGAAAGGCAACUACGCCCAGCGUGUUGGUGCUGGUGCACCCGUCUAUCUCGCCGCGGUCCUAGAGUACCUAGCUGCUGAGAUCCUCGAACUGGCUGGAAACGCCGCCCGCGACAACAAGAAGACCCGUAUCAUCCCCCGUCAUCUCCAGCUCGCCAUUCGCAAUGACGAGGAAUUGAACAAGCUUCUCGGCCACGUCACCAUCGCCCAGGGCGGUGUGCUUCCCAACAUUCACCAGAAUCUCCUCCCCAAGAAGACGACUAAGGGUGGGAAGACGGCUUCUCAAGAGCUGUAG